UUUAUUAGUUAUGUUGGUUCAAUUUGUGGAUUAGUUUAUAUGUUUAUUCUUCCUUGUGCCGUCCAUCUAAAACGUUUACAAAUACAAGGACGCCUUAAUAAUGUGCAAAUAGCUAUACAUUGUUUAAUUAUGUUGUGUGGAGUUCUCAAUCUUUUUGCUCAAUUUUUUGUUUAAAUUAAUAUCCAAGUAUUUAUGCUCACAAAAUCUUUCACUUAUCACAUACCCCUCAGAAUUAAUCUAAAAUUUAAAUGUCUAAAUAAGCUGGAUUUUACACAAAAAUAUAAAAUGCUUUCCAAGAAUGCCCUUAAAUUAAAUGAAAUUUAUAGGAAUAUUUUUAUUCUAUUAAUUAUGCAUUUCCCCUUCACUAGUCUUUAA